UAAUGUUCCAUCUUAAAAGGUUCCUACCAACUUACAGGCUUCAUUUCACUUUGCUUUGUGGUUUUAUAAAGGUUCUUGUCAUUUGAACUUUUCUUCAUUUGUUAAAUUCAGAGAAUACCAGCAUGAAAAGCCUGAGCAAAGCGGAACAAAAAGCCCAGUGGUAUUACCAGGCUUGUAUGAAUGAGAGCAAAAUUGAAGAGCUUGGGGCAAAACCACUUCAGGAUCUCAUCAAUCAGACAGGAGGUUGGGGCUUGAAAGACCCGUGGGAUAAAGAUAACUUCCAGGAGGUUUUACGGAUUGUGUCAGCCAGCUUCCGAACCUCCCCCUUUUUCACUGUUUUUGUCAGCACAGACUCAAAAAGCUCCAACAGCAACAUCAUCCAGGUGGAUCAGUCAGGAUUGGGACUUCCCUCUAAGGAAUACUAUCUCAAUAAGACAGCCAAUGAAAAGUAUUUAAAAGCAUACUUAAACUUCUUGGUGGAGCUCGGGAUCCUUUUGGGCGGCUCAGAGGAUACCUCUCAGAAGAUGAUGCAGGAGAUAAUAGACUUUGAAACAGCCCUGGCACACAUCACAGUCCCUCAGGAAGAGCGCCGUGACGAGAUGAAAAUUUACCAUAAAAUUCAAGCCAAAGAGUUAGCUACAUUGGCUCCUGCGGUAGAUUGGAUGCCUUUCCUCUCUGCAGUGUUCACCCCUGUUGCCCUAAAUGACUCUGAACCCGUGGUUGUGUACGCUAAAGAAUAUCUCCAGAAAGUUUCAGAGCUCAUCAGCAACACCAACAAGAGUGUCUUGAAUAACUACAUGAUCAUGAAAGUGGUGCGGAAAAUGGUGUCCAUCUUAGACCAGAGGUUCCAAGAUGCAGAGCAGCGCUUCCUUGAAGUCAUGUACGGCACCAAAAAGAGCUGCACGCCACGCUGGAAACUUUGCGUCAGCGACACGGACAGCGCUCUGGGCUUUGCUCUCGGGGCGCUCUUUGUCAAAGCUACUUUUUCUGAAGACAGCAAAGCUUUUGUUGAAGAUAUGGUCUCUGAGAUCAAAUGGGCCUUUGAAGACAGCCUGAAGACUGUCGGCUGGAUGGAUCCCAAGACAAAAAAAGCAGCUAAAGAAAAGGCAGAUGCAAUAUACAACAUGGUUGGUUAUCCAAAAUUUAUUAUGAAACCCAAAGAGCUGGACAUGGUGUUUAAUGACUUUGAUGUUGUUUCAGAUCUUUACUUUCAAAACGUCAUGAAUUAUUACAACUUCUCUGCACGAGUCACUGCUAACCAGCUGAGAAAAGCCCCCAACAGAGAUCAGUGA